UAGGAGCAAUUUAUUUGCUACUUGGAGGGGUUGUAAGAAGAGCCAGUGAGAAAGCAGAGCCCCUCCAAAACACAGAUACACUGUGGACCCCCCAAACCCAUCCUAUCCUCCUCGUCAAAGACUCAGCUGUCCCUCUCGGGCUCUCUGCUUCCUCUGGGCACAUGCUGAUGCCCCUGUGUGGGCUGCUCUGGUGCUGCUGCUGCUGUGGCUGGUACUGCUGUGGACUGUGCGCCCCAGCUCCCCAGAUGUUGCGCCACCAGGGUCUCCUCAAGUGCCGCUGCCGCAUGCUCUUCAAUGACCUGAAGGUUUUCUUACUGCGGCGCCCUCCUCCAGCGCCCCUGCCCAUGCACGGCGACCCCCAGCCCCCCGGUUUGGCGGCCAACAACAACACCCUUCCGGCUCUGGGUGCCGGGGGGUGGGCAGGCUGGAGGGGCCCUCGAGAGGUGAUGGGCAGGGAGAUACCUCCUGUGCCACCUCCACCACCUUUGCCACCUUCCUCCGUGGAAGAUGACUGGGGUGGCCCAGCCAUAGAGCCACCUGCCUUGCUGCUCAGCAGUGCCUCCUCAGAUGACUUCUGUAAGGAGAAGGCCGAGGACUGCUACUCACUGGGCAGCAGCCUGGACAGUGGUAUGAGGACCCCACUCUGCCGCAUCUGCUUCCAGGGGCCAGAACAGGGGGAGCUGCUGAGCCCCUGCCGCUGCGACGGCUCGGUCAAGUGCACGCACCAACCCUGCCUCAUCAAGUGGAUCAGCGAGCGGGGCUGCUGGAGCUGCGAGCUGUGCUACUACAAGUACCACGUCGUCGCCAUGAGCACAAAGAACCCCCUGCAGUGGCAGGCCAUCUCUCUGACGGUCAUCGAGAAGGUUCAGAUCGCAGCCGCCAUCCUGGGUUCCCUCUUCCUCAUCGCCAGCAUCUCUUGGCUCAUCUGGUCGACCUUCAGUCCCUCGGCAAAGUGGCAGCGCCAAGAUCUUCUCUUCCAGAUCUGCUAUGGGAUGUACGGCUUCAUGGACGUGGUGUGCAUAGGUCUCAUCAUCCACGAGGGACCCUCCGUGUAUCGCAUCUUCAAACGGUGGCAGGCCGUCAACCAGCAGUGGAAAGUGCUGAACUAUGACAAGACAAAAGACCUGGAGGAUCAAAAGUCAGGGGGCAGGACCAACCCCCGGACCUCCUCGUCCACGCAGGCCAAUAUCCCCGCCUCGGAGGAGGAGGCGGCAGGCACCCCUGCCCCUGAGCAAGGGCCUGCCCGGGCGGCCAGCCACCCCGCGGGCCCUCCGCCCCAUCACCACUGUGCUUACACCAUCCUGCACAUCCUGAGUCACUUGAGACCUCAUGAACAGCGGAGCCCGCAGGGCAGCAGCCGAGAGCUCGUCAUGAGAGUCACGACUGUGUGAGAGGAGAGACCUGGGAGGAAGGCCAUGGCCAGGCCCGAGGGGGCUGGGGGCAGGCAUGGGGGGCCCGGUGGAGCCCAGGGCCGGCGCUGGGAGCAGGCAGAGGGUGGGGGGCCCAGAGGGAGCCCUGGGGACCAGGAAUGAGGUUGGUGCCAGGAGUGGCUUUGUGAUUUGCUAUCAGUCACUGCCAUUCUCCAGACGACAGCAAUGAAAACCAACACAAACGCAAGGAGGAAGUGCAAUACAGGCUGAGCCUUGCUAACGGAACAAACCCGCCCCCUGCGCCCAUGGGCAGGCGCCCAGGAGAAGCAGAGGCUGUGGGAGGGCAAAGCCCUGCGACACUGGUGGUGGCAUUGGAGGCAAAGGGGGCCGAGGGCAAAAGCGUCUGUGCCCUCUCUGUUCUGACCUUGAGCUUGUUUUUGUUUCUUCCUGGGCCUUGUUCAGCAGGCAGUUGGGGAGGGGGAGGGAUGGGGGAGGGCUGGCAGGGACAGGCAGACUUUGGGGCCUCUGGGCUCACCUGGGUGGGCAGGAUGUGACUCCCAAGGCUGACAGCUGUAGGGGCCUGGGGGGCUGGUGCAGGGAGGGAUGGUGCAGGGAGGGGACGUUGGUGGGAGCCGCCAGAGGGAGAGCCGUGUCUCCUCCCUUAGGAGCCUUCCAAUGUCAGGUGGGCUCAAAAAGGGCUUAAGUUUGGAGAUGGGUGUUUUUCUGUACCCUUGUUACUUUGUUUUAUGGUGAUUUGGCUCAAAGAUGUUUACAGGAAACACAUGCGCACACACACACACACAUGCACUUGCCUAGAGAAAAGUACAGAUCUCCGGUGGGUAUCUCAAGCACAGUUCUGCUGCAGUGGCUUCAGCCUUGGAAGCUGUCAAUCCAGGAGCAAGAUUCUCAACUACGCAACCCCACCCUAUGGCCAGGACACGCUCGGUGCCAUGCCCCUCCUGCCUUGGCACGUGCACAGACUCCCCUGGCUGCAGGGCACCCCCACCCAGGGUCUCGCAGGAGAGCAGCUGCAGUGGCUGGGAGGAGGUUGGCCAGUGUGCCCCAAGGCGUGGAGUGGAGACCAAUCUAAGUAUUCCUUGCUGCUUGGGACCCUCCCCAAAGAGGCAGUUUGGCUAAUGCUCUGUGCUUCCUGUGCCCUGGUCCUUCCCAGGCAGCCAGGAGGGCCCAGGGGCCUGGCAGG